CACACCGUCCUCAAACCUCGCUCACAUCAACACCUUCCGCCUCUCCAUAACCUUAGGAUUUGGACAGCCCUUCCUGUCAAGUCCCUCUACUGGUUACUUUCUCUUGGUCUCCUGUAUUGUCUCCCUUUAUACCAGUUGCCCUUGUGCACACCAUGGCUCCCAACGUGGAAAUGACUGCCGCCCAGAGGCUGUCCCAACAACAUUCCGCUGAGGGCCACCAUGUCACCGUCGAAGAUGUCCCCGAUGAUGACCUGAAGGUCCAUGAUGCAUCCACCGCCGCCGCCGACUCUCCUGCCUUGUCCGCCAAGGCAGCUGGAAAGCAGAAGGAGACAGCCCCUGCUGCCAAAACCCUCGACACCCAGUCUCGCGAGCUGUUCCCCGACCUUGGUGGCCCCAAGCCCCAGCCCGCAACAAAGACUGCUCCCAAGUGGAACGUCCUGUCCGACAAGGCCAAUGGCCACAGCCCUGCCGAUGGCACCCCCAGGGCCGCGACUCCCUCCUCCGGUGCAGCCACCCCUACUGCCAAGUCUGCUGUUCCCUCUGUCACCAUCCCUGGCCGCAAGAAUGUCGAGACCAUCCGCUUGCGCCCCGAGCACAUGAAGGGUCGCGACCAGCUCCGUCGUCCUCUUCCCGACAUCAUCAAGGAUCUCAACAGGACUUCCCGAGCCACCAUUUCCAUUGGCCCCCAGAACACCAACGGGACUACUUUUGAGGCCAGCGGGCCCCAGGAGGCUGCCCAGCGGGCCCUCAAGGAGCUCGUGAAGCAGAUUGGCACUCCUCAAUCUAUCUCGGUCCCUAUUCCCCAGUCCGCACGUGCCCACAUCAUCGGAAAGCAAGGCUCUACCAUCAAAUCCCUGCAGGAGAAGACGGGGGCUCGUAUCGAGGUCCCCAAAGACGACAAGAACGGUGUCCCUGUCGACGAACUUGACGAUGACGUUUACAUCAACGUAAAGAUUGAGGGCAACACCAUUUCUGCUGCCCAAGCAAAGCAAGAGAUUGAGAGGAUUGUUGGGGAACGUGCUGCAAAGGUUAACACCAAGCUGAAGGGGAUUCCUGCCGAGUUCUACCCCUUCAUUGCAAGCGCUAGGGAGGAUCUGCUCAGCAAGCCCAAUGUUGGCAACGGGGCACAGAUUCGAAUCCCGCCUCAUCGGGCGUGGUCGUCGCAGGCCACCACCACUGUGCCUGGACCCGGUCAGCGCCCAGCUUUCCAGCCUGCUGCCGACCACCACAUCCAGCUCGAGGGUGACCGUGCCGCUGUGCUCGCUCUCAAGGCGGAGAUUGAGCGUCGCGCUGCCGAGCUCCGUGAGCAGCUGCUCCUGCAGCAGCUCGAGAUCCAGCGCGGUCGUCAUCAGUUCAUCAUUGGUGAUUCGGCCUUGUCUCCAGAGGAGUUCUUCGAUCAGACAGGGUGUGCCAUCAUCCUGCCUACUGACGAGGAUGAUGACGCUAUCACUCUCGUAGGCCCGGCGGACCAAAUCGCGGAAGGCCUCGAGAAGGCAGAGCAGUUGGCCAUGAGCAUGCAAAUGAACAACGUCGACCACCUGAAGUGGACAAACAAGCAAGCUCCCGGUCAAGGUGCAGUGCACUCCAAGAAUGUGACGCGCUACCUCCGUCAACGCAGAGAGAUCGACCGCUUGGAGAAGCAGUACCGUGCCCACAUCAACACUCCGUUUUCCGGGGAUGGCGCCCUCCCCUGGGAGCUGUACAUCCCUCAGGGCCAAAAGCUGGCUGCUGCUUCAUCUGAUAUCCGGAGCCUGUUCGAGAGCCACCCCCCUUCGAGGUUCAGCACCCUCGGCCAGAGAGAUGUCGAUCCGUUCUAUUAUCCUUACAUGCAGAACGAGAUCAGGCCCCAUGUCCGGGAAAACUACGGUGUCCAGGUGGUCAUCCCGGAUCCAUCCGACCCCGGUAGCCCCAUCCUCCUUGUCUACGAGGCGCCCGGUCCGGUCGACAGCUCCUACGAGAUCCCUCGCACGGCACCGUCCCAAGAGGACGUCCGCAAGUUCCAACAGGGCCUCAACAAUGCUCGCAAGCACAUACAGGACCUUUUGAGCCAGCAAGAGGACAUCGUGGCCGAGACUGUCGAGGUGCCCCUCAAGUUCCACGAGAAGCUGAAGAAGUUUAUCGCAAAGGAGCAGGACAAGCGCCCCGCUAACCAACCGCGGAUCCGAGUCAGCCAGCUGGGCCUCAAUGUCACACUUCGCGGUCCAGCCACUGCUGUGCAGAAUCUCGCUGCCAAGGUGCGGGAUUUCAUCGAGCAGGAGAAGGCUGACGAGAAGGAGCGCGGUUUUACACUGGAGUUUGAAUUCCCCCAGAAGUUCGCCAACCACCUUAUUGGCAAGGGUGGUAGCAACAUCAAGGAGCUUCGUGACAAGUAUGACGUCGACAUCCAGGUCGAAAACGGUCAGGUCCAACUCAAGGGACCCAAGGCCAAGGCUGCGGCUGCGCGGUCACACAUCGAGUCUCUGGGCAAGAGCUGGGCUGAUGAGACCACAAUGAGGCUUCAGGUUGACCCCAAGUUCCACCGCGAAUUGAUCGGUGCCCAGGGCAGCGAGAUCAACAAGCUGCAGAAUAGAUACAAGGUCCUCAUCUUCUUCCCGCGUGGUGAAAAGGGCGGCAAGGAUGACGAGGCCAACGCCGAUGCUGGUGACGAAGCAGGCAAGAACCGCCGGCAACAAGCUGCCGACGAAGUCAUCAUCCGGGGCCCAAGCAAGGGCGUGUCACAAGCUUACGACGAGCUCAAGGACUUGGUUAAUUGGCUGAAGACCAACUCGUUUACGGCAACAGUGACAGUCCAGCGAAAGCAACUGCCUUCUCUGAUUGGGCAAGCCGGCACUGCCAUGGAAGCAAUUCGCCAGCAGACCGAGACCAAGAUCGAUGUGCCGAAUGACCGAGACUCCACCGAUGCUCUCGUCGAGAUUCAGAUCAAGGGCAAGAAGGACAAUGUCCAGAAAGCCAAGAAGAUCAUCGAGGAGAAGAAGGCCGUCUUCGACGAUACUGUCGUCAAAAACAUUGACGUGGAGAGGAAGUACCACAGAGCCCUCAUCGGCGCCCAAGGCGCAAACUUGCGGGCUAUGGUUCUCGAAGCUGGUGGCUCUGACGACUCCCGGGAGCGGGCCAGGACCAUUCAGUUCCCGAAGCAGGAAGCCGACGGCAACACGAUAAGGCUUGAGGGCCGCACCGACGUGGUCGACAAGCUCAUCAAGCAAAUUGAGGCCUUCGUGGCCCACCGAGAGAGCCAGGUCACCGCUACCAUCGAUGUGCCGACCGAGAAGCAUAGAUCGCUGAUAGGUCGUGGUGGUGAUGCCAAGAAGCAGAUAGAAUCACAGUUCAAGGUCUCGAUCGAUAUUCCCAAGCAGGGAAGUGGUGAGACCGCCGUCAAGAUCACCGGUCAAGAGCCUGACGUCGAGAAGGCUAAGGAGCACAUUGUCAACCUGACCAAGGAGAAGCCGGCGGAAACCAUUCAGGUCCCCCGGAGUGUUCACCAGGCCAUCUCGAGCGGCGGACAGUUCUUCCGCAGACUGAGGAACGACUUCCAUGUCACGGUCGAUCAUGCGGGUCAGACACCACCACCCAAGCUCACUGCUGCGCCUCGUGCCAACGGCGGCGCGCUGCCGCUCAUCACUGAUGACGACGUUUCCGCUGACGAAGCGCACUCCUGGAACGUCGUGGAGAGCGUCUCGAGCGAAGAAGGCGAUAUCCCUUGGGUUCUCAAGGGCUCUCCAGAAAACAUUGAGAAGGCCAAGAAGGCCAUCACUACGGCAAUGGAGCAGGCGCAGAACAACGUCACGGGCUACCUCGUCCUGCCUGACCCCAAGACAUACCGUCAUGUCAUUGGACAGGGUGGCAGCAAGGUCAACUCAAUCCGCAAGCAGAGUGGCUGCAAGAUCAACGUCCCGCGUGACCAGGGUGAGGCUAUCGAGGUCACCGGUACCAAGGAGGGAGUGGAGAAGGCCAAGGACCUGAUCCUGGCUGCUGUGCGAGACGGUGUCAAUGGUUCCAGGGCGAGAGAGUAGAGCGGCUCUAGUCCUGGCUAUGAGAUGCUGGAAUUCGAUGAUGACGACAAUGACAUGCUGGAGCUGUGGUAAUUCGUGACCAGCAUGAUGAGCUCAGCUGAUUUUGGGAGGAUGUGAAGCAAAAGUUAUUUAUGAGCGUCUGCUUUCUAGUCCGCAGGACAUCUAAGCUGCGAGUGAACGGCUGCCUCUGCAGAAUCAACCAGCCCUUCCAGUAUAGGCGAAUGAAUAGUCCAUCGCACA